AUGCAUUACAAUCCUCCAACAGAGCGCCAUCAGACGCAGGAUUGCCCACAAAUGCCGAGAUUCGCGCAUUUCCUGUUACUGAUAUUCUUUGAGAUUUAUGCCGUUCAUUGCCAAUCAAUCGAUCAUUUAAUCGAUCUUUCUCCAAAAGAUAUCUCGUUGGUGAAUGGAGAGAACACGGACAUUUCACUCAUUUUCAGAGGAACGAUCCCCCAUGAAACCUUCAAAUUCAUCAUCAAAUCGGAUCACGAUUUUGUAAACACGACGAAUGAGGUUUCUCUUACUGAAUUGGAAGAUGAAGUGAAAUUCGGUGUACAGCCGAAAGCGGUGAUUGCACGGACAAUAGUCGAGGUGAUCAAUUGUACGACAAUCAAUGGGACAGCUUGUGGAUUCAAUUUUACGACAGCUUACACUCGUCUUUCGAUCAUGAAGAGUCAUUUCAUCGACGUGCUCAUUGUUGUCGUCGGCUGGGCGUACUUCUUUGCAUGGAGUAUCUCAUUUUAUCCACAAAUGAUCCUUAACUAUCAAAGAAAAAGUGUUGUCGGGUUGAAUUUCGAUUUCCUUUUCCUGAACAUUAUCGGCUUCUCCGCGUACACGAUCUACAAUUCGAUGCACUAUUGGGACACGACCGUGCAAAAUGAAUAUCUAUCGGCUCACGAAAGAAGUCCUCUUCCCGUUCUACUGAAUGAUGUGAUUUUCGCGCUUCACGCUCUCGCCGCUUGUCUCAUCACCGCUGUGCAAGCGUGUCUUUACGAGCGAGAAAACCAACGUGUCCAUCCGGGUUUCAUCUUCUAUGGCGGUGCUCUCGUUGUUUUGGGUUUCCUCGCUUUAUUCCUUUCACUAAUCAGUGUCAUCACCUAUCUCCAAUUCGUCACCUCACUCUCCUACAUAAAGAUGGCCGUCACAUGCAUGAAAUAUUUCCCACAGGCUGUCUACAAUUACAAGCGAAAGAGCACCGUUGGCUGGUCGAUCGGCAACGUGCUUUUGGAUUUCACGGGUGGACUUCUCGAUGUGAUGCAAAUGGUUCUCCAAGCGUGGAAUGUCGAUGACUGGUCGGCUUUCUAUGGAAAUCCGGUGAAAUUCGGUCUCGGCAUGGUUUCGAUGGUGUUCGACGUGGUGUUCCUUUUGCAACAUUAUGCCUUCUAUCGAAACGCGGAAAUUCUUCCACAAUAUGCGGGAGUCGAUAACCCGCUUCCACAAAGUCUCAAUGAUUCUCUCACCCAAUCGCCACCACAACAAACUGAUGAUCCCUCUCGGAUACGUGCUAAUUCACGGGAAAACAUUAGCAUUUCUAGAGAC